AAUUGAGAGACAAUAAAGUGAAUUAAAAGCUGAGAUAAUAUAGAAAAAUUUUCUCGUUUUUUUUUGGCAAAUUAGUGAUUUUUCGGAAAAUUUGUGCAAAUAAUUUUGUUAUUUUUGUGAUUAUUUUCUAUUAUUAAUUAUUUUCAAAAAAAAAAAAAAAAAAAAAAAAAAAAAAAAAAAAAAAAAAAAAAAAAAAAAAAAAAACAAUGAAAAUUGCUAUUGUGGGUGCAGGUGUCAUUGGAAUGACAUCGGCAGUGGCAAUAAAAAAUGCUUUUCCCACUGUAAAUGUUACAGUUUUUGCGGAUUCAUUUACACCACAUACUACAGGCGAUGGAAGUGCUGGACUUUGGGGUCCCUAUGUUCUUGGAGACACUUCUGAUGAGAAAAUUGUACGUUGGUCCGGAGACACUCACAAGUGGAUGGAACAAUUUUGGAAAAGUCCAUUGGCACUUGAGGUGGGAAUUUCUUUAACGCCAAUAUUUCGAUUUACCAACGAUCCAAAGGGAUAUCCAAAACCAGCUUGGGUGCCUCUCGUUUAUGGCGUUCAAGAAUUAAAACAAGACGAAUUAAAAAGAAUUAAUGAAGAAUAUAAAUCAAAUUAUACAGGGGGGUGGCAAUUUUUGUCCUACACGUGCGAGCCAUCGAAACUAUUGCCAUGGUUAAUGAAAACAUUUAAAUCAAAGUCUGGGAAAAUUAAGAGGAGAAAAAUUAACACACUAGACGAGCUAAAAAAUGAGAAAUAUGAUGUGAUCGUAAAUUGUAGUGGUUUAGGGGCACGAGAACUUGUAAAGGACUCUCAAGUUACGCCUGUUAGGGGUCAAGUGUCUCGGGUAAACGCUUCAUGGAUGUUUCACACAUUAUUGGAGGAUAAUGAUGGUGGAAAUUAUAUCAUUUCUAAUUUAGAAAGUGUGAUUUUGGGUGGAACUAAACAAAAAAAUGAUUUCUCUCUUUCGAUACGUGAAAAGGAUUCAAAAUUUAUUCUUGAUGGAUGUGCACGAAUGAUUCCUGCAUUAAAAACAAGUGAAAUUUUAAGCGAAUGGGUUGGACUGAGACCCGGAAGACCACAAGUUCGAUUAGAAGCGGAAAUUGAAAAAAAUUCAAAUUCUUUGAUAAUACACAACUAUGGACACGGAGGAAGUGGCGUUACUUUAUGUUGGGGAUGUGCUUUAAAUGUGGUGGAAAUUUUAAAAGAUCUCAAAUUUCCAAAUUUUAAAUCAAAACUCUAAAUAAUUUUAUUUUUAUAAAUUUUUUUGUUCUCAAUUUAUUUUCUAUUGAUUGUUUAUUACAAAAAUAAAUAAAUAUGCAAAAAAAAA